AUGAUGUCGACAGUAAAUCAAAACGAACUAGUUACUGAAAAUAAUGAAAAUCAAAAUACUUUAAAUGAAACAGUUUAUAAUGGUCCAUUAAAGUUGGAACAUCUUCUUCCAAGCGGAUUAACAAAAAGAGAUCUGGAAAUACUUCGUGAAAAUGGGUACCAUACAAUAGAAUGUCUUGCUUAUGCUCCUAAAAAGGCUUUAUUAUCAGUUAAAGGAAUUAGUGAACAGAAAUGUGAUAAAAUAAAAUCUGCAUGUAAGGAAUUAGUAGCAAUGGGAUUUUGUAGUGGAACUGAAUAUUUAGAAGCUAGAACUAAUCUGAUCAAAUUUACAACAGGUUCAAACCAAUUAGAUAGGCUUUUACAAGGUGGAAUAGAAACUGGAAGUAUUACAGAAAUUUUUGGUGAAUUUAGAACAGGAAAGACUCAAUUAUGUCAUACUUUAGCAGUAACAUGUCAACUUCCUGUUGAGCAUAAAGGUGGGGAAGGAAAGUGUUUAUGGAUUGAUACUGAAGGUACUUUCAGGCCUGAAAGAAUUGUGCAAAUUGCUGAUAGAUUUAACUUAAAUUCUUCAGACUGCUUAGAUAAUAUUGCAUAUGCCAGAGGAUUUAAUACUGAACACCAGAUGGAUUUAUUACAAUCAGCUGUAGCUAUGAUGACAGAAUCCAGAUUUGCAUUAAUGAUUGUUGAUAGUGCAACAGCUCUUUAUAGAUCAGAAUAUAAUGGAAGAGGAGAAUUAGCAACAAGACAAAGUCAUUUGGGACAGUUUCUUAGAGCACUUCAAAAAAUUGCAGAUACUUUUGGAGUUGCUGUUGUGAUUACUAAUCAAGUAAUGUCAAAAGUUGAUGCUAUGGCUGCUAUGUUUCAAAAUGAUAAAGUACCUAUUGGAGGUAACAUUAUUGCUCAUGCUUCUCAAACUAGAUUAUUCCUCAAAAAAGGAAGAGGAGAAACAAGAAUUUGUAAAAUAUACGAUUCUCCUAAUCUACCUGAAGGUGAUGCCACUUUUUCUAUCACGGAAGGAGGUAUUAAUGACCCUAAGGAUGAAAAAUGA